AGUUCGAAGUCGAAAAGAAUGUCUUCCCUGAGGUCAAACUUGAGGUAAAUCCUGGACGAUUACCUACGCCAACCAUAACUCGUAUACUAACACGUCACAAUAUUUAUUAAGACGAAAGAGUUCAAAAGUUGACUGAGCAAAUAAUGGAGCAAACUGAGUUUAUCAUUUGUUCAAGGUUCGUCGGAUUUUUUUAAUACCUGUUGAGGUACACAUAAUCUCAGUACUGCAAUAAGAGUAGUCAUGUUGAAAGAUUAAACCACUCCCACAACAUUCCCUCAUUCUUUUAUCCCUUAAAUGUAAACCUUAAGUCUGAUAGAAUAGAUUCGCAGAUAUAAGAUACUAGUCAACUCAAUCUACGUUUCAAAGAGACUCACAGGAGAGCUGGAACAAUAGCUGUUUUGGAAACAUUUGUUAUCUACCGCAGAGUGUAAGAGAAAGGAAUUCAAAGAAGCAGAGACCCUGGGGUUUGUUUACACAAACUUGCAUAACGCCAGGGCUACAGRCAAAUAGUAAAUGACUCUGGGAUGACGUCUUGAAGUAGCAGAUUUCGUGUAUAGUGAGCUUGUCGUGGCUGUCGUGUAACCGAAUAGGAACAACUAGCGACAGAUACUUGGUUAAAGAACCGUGACAUCUUACAGCCCAUCAAUCGCAGAUCUGACUUCACAAACUCAGCUCGGCUUUUGAGCUGAAGGCAAUCUUGAAGUGUAGAAAGAUAGUCUAAGACUAGGUUGAAAGCUUCAGUAAAGCAGUAAUCCUUGGAUUUCAAAGCAUGGAUGGCGAGCUCGAGCAGAUGAGCGAUGAAGGGAUGGUCGGGAUGCUGCAUAAUAGCCCAGAGAUAAAAACACUGAAGGAUGUCAGACGGUAUGACAAGAAGACCUUAGUGUGUCCCGGCGGAUGCGAAGCGCAGCUACUAUUGAGUGAAAUAGCGGGGCACGAAUGUGUAGAGUAUCUAAAGAACGAGUUGAAAAGAAUGGACGAAAAUUUCAACGAAUUGGAGAGUAGAGUGGCGGAGAUGGUUGCAAUGGAAGCUUACUACAAGGAGAAACUUUCCUCGUUGGAAAAUAAAAUCGAAGAAAUGACGGAAGAAAUGAAGGUGCUUCUGCUGGAGAGGACUCGCCGGGAUGAGAUUUUCAGCAGUAAAGAAACCUUUUAUAAAGAGCAAACUGCAGCUUUGAAGGAACAAGUGGCAAAACUUGAAAAACGACGUCAAGAAGGAAGAUCACAGUCAUUGAAGAGGCCUUCAGGUGACGACCAAGAUGAGGCAGAAUAUGACAUCCAGCGCGUGGAGAGAGAGUGGGCCUUGCGCUACGAUAAAUUACUGGCCGAGAAGAUUACUAUGGAAACUUUAUAUCAAAGAAAAGAUAGAGAAUAUCGACAAGAAAUGAGUGCGAUGAAGCAAGAGGUUUACGCACUUCGCGAUAGCCUUCGCCUGGAACGCGAAGUCAUGGCUUUAGAGUACGAUCAAGCAAACUUUGAGAAGCUGCAAAGUUUGAUUGACCAGUUGGAAGAACUUGUGCGGCAAAAGAGAAUCGAUACUCAAAAAUUCGACAAUGCUGAAGUCGGUGAAAAGGAUCGGUUGUAUCCGAACCAUAGYGAGGAGGAAUACGUGAAUGAGAGAGAUGAUGAGUUAGGCGAAAUUCGUGAUAUUAAUGCCAAUCACGCAAAGAAAAGACCACCAGACUCUGUGGGAAGCUUAGAAUCUGAAGAAGAGCUUAUUAUAGAAUCUAAUUGAAUWACUGAGGACUUUCUUUUGCGAACAGAUUUGCAAAGAAAUCACUAACGAAUUCCUAUCUAGGGUAGUGAACUGCAAGGGUCAACAAACACGGACGGAGUAUAUACGUAUGUGUUCAUUCCAUUUGUACAAAUCAGAUCGCCAGCAGAAUCCAUCUCGAGAUAUUCAAAAUAUAACAAUAUCUUGGAUUCCUCGAA